AUGAUUUCCUGGCCAGAGGCAGUUGCCGUUUCGGCUUUACUCCUUGUCUGCAGAUUCUCCUACGGCCUUUUCGUCUCUCGUCGGGCACUCAGUCACGUCCCCGGUCCUAACUCUCCUUCACUCGUUUGGGGCGAGGAGUGGAAGCUUUAUCACACCAAACCAGGCUCCCACUAUCAUGGUUGGAAACGAACCUUUGGCAAGGUCGUCAAGAUCAGCGGAGCCUUCGGACACCCAAUGCUUUGCAUAACCGAUGAAAGUGCCAUCUCAUACAUCCUUGGUGCGGAGGGCAUUUAUAACUUCCCCAAACCCCAUGGCGUCAGAAUUUGGUUCCAAAAAACUCUGGGUAAUGCUUCUCGCUAUCGAGGCUUCUGUGUCUUAUUUCAAGUAGGCAAGGGGAUAUUGUACGUGGAAGGCAAAGAGAGUCACGAAAGACAACGGCGACUUCUGGCUCCAGCCUUCAGCCAACCAUCUGUUCGCAACUUCAUGCCCGUUUUCCAUGAAAUCUCCAGCAAGCUAGCUGUUCAGUGGCUACAUAUGAUGGACGAUCUUGGUCGCGACGAAAUUGAAAUUGAAGUGACUAAUUGGGCCGGUCGUUUUGCACUCGAAAGCGUUGGCCGCGCCGCUUUCUCGCACGAAUUCGACCUGUUAUCUGGGGAUCCUAGUCCUCUGCUCGAAGCCUUGGAUGGGUUGACAAACACUCAGCACAAUGCAACUUCUUUCUACAUGCGCGCAUUAUUUUGGAUCUUUCCUUCCAUUCUCAACAUCGGUAAGAAAGGGGAGAUGGUUCGUCGCACCAAGAUGGAACUCGGACAAGUCGCUCGCAAGAUGUGGCGUGACGCCAAGUUGGCUAACGACUCCUAUGAAAAAACUCUGAUGGCGCAAAUGUUAAAAGCGGACGCCGCUUCAGAGCAAAGGAUGGAUUUAGAUGAGAUCGUCGCGCAAAUGCGAACCAUUCUCUCUGCUGCGUACGAACCCGUCUCCAGCACAGUCGCUUGGGUCCUCUAUGAGCUUGCAAUCAACCCUCGAACUCAGGAAGAGCUUCGAGUGGAAAUCUCAUCACAUAAUACCGAUCCAACGCUUGACGAACUCUCCACCCGAUUCCCAAUCCUUCAUGGUGUCCUUCUCGAAACUCUUCGUUUGCACCCUCCGAUUCUUGAAAAUCAUCAUGAGGCUGCUGUAACCACCAGUGUGCCCUUGUCUCAACCCAUCCCCGGAACUUCGGAAAGUCGGCUUGUUAUUCCUAAAGGCACCAUUCUCUUCAUUCCCGUCAAUGUGAUGCAGACAGACAGUGAACUCUGGGGUGACGAUGCACAUAUUUUCCGUCCUCGACGUUGGAUGGAUGGUCAGAGUCAGCACCAUCCAAGUCUUCUCGCCUUCAGCGAAGGACCUAGGUCCUGCAUCGGAGCGCGUUUUGCACAAGCUGAGAUCAAGGCAUUGAUUGUGGCUCUCAUUCGUCAAUUCUCUGUGCGUUGUGAUCACGAAAUCGAGCCAUUCCAGAGUUUUGUCAUCCGUCCCAGGGUGAAAGGAACUGCAAUGAGUUCACUUCCGCUAAAAGUCAAACGUGUCUAG